AUGUCUUCGGAAGAGUUUGUGACUACAGCGGAGGAUGGAGAUCUGUCGGGGCCGACGUUCACGACGGUGGACUACACAGUCUUCAGCCUCAUGCUGGCGGCGUCCGUCGGGAUCGGUGUGUACAGCGCCCUCAAGGGUCAGGGCAACACCACCUCGGAGGACUACCUGCUGGGCGGCAGGACCAUGUCUCCAGUCCCAGUAGCCUUCUCUCUCCUCGGCGGCGUCAUCUCCGCCAUAUCCAUACUGGGAAACUCCUCUGAGGUGUACGCGUUUGGUACACAGAUCUGCACCUCCGUCCUGGGGAUUAUCCUCGGCUGCUUGUUUGUCCACCAAGUGUCGCUGCCCGUCCUCUUCAACCUUAAGCUGGUCUCCAUUAAUAAGUACCUAGAGCUCCGUUACAAGUCUCGCCCACUACGGCAGAUGGCGUCGGGCGCCCACCUGCUGUAUGGCCUCUUCUUAAUGGGCCUGGUGCUGUACGCUCCGUCCCUCGCCCUCACCACCGUCACAGGCCUCUCCACCACUGUCUCCGUCGUCGCCAUGGGCAUCAUCUGCACCUUCUACAUCACCAUCGGAGGAGUGAAGGCUGUGGUGUACACGGACGUGUUGCAGACCUCCCUCAUGUUCCUGGGAGUGUUGGUGGUGGUGGUCAUCUGCACUCUUGACCUUGGUGGGGUCGGCGUCGUCUGGGACUCAGCGCUUCAAGGCUCUCGGGUCGAGUUCCUCAACCUGGAUCCCAGCCCCUUCAUUCGCCACACAUUCUGGACAACUAUAGCGAUGGGCCUCCACUACACUAUUUAUUUAUUUGCCUUCAGUCAGAUAUCCUUCCAAAGGCUCGUAUCUGUCAGCAACGUCCAGACAUCAAAAAGGCUGUGCCUUGUCUUUGCCGUGGGGCUGAGUCUGUUGUAUUUGCUGUUUUUCUUCUCUGGUAUGGUCGCCUACGCCGUCUACAGAGAUUGCGAUCCCUUCUCCUCUGGCAAGAUCAACAAAUUUGACCAGAUUUUACCCUUUAUGGUUAUAGACAAGUUGAACCAUCUCACUGGGUUGUCUGGAAUUUUCGUUGUAGCUGUGUAUGGGGGAGUUUUGAGUUCUGUGUCCAGCGCAGCGAACUCGGUGGCUUGUCUCCUUUGGGAGGACUUCUUGAAGGAACGGAGCUGCUUCAAGGACCUGAGCAACGAGGGCGCCACUAAAGCCUUGAAAAUCAUCUCGUUAGGGGCUGGAGUGAUUGGCACUUGCAUGGGGCUUCUGGUUGGGCAGCUGGGAGGCGUCCUCAAGGUUGUCACCAACAUCAGCGGGGUCAUCACUGGUCCUAUAAAUGGCAUUUACAUUGCUGGGAUGUGCACGCCGUGGGUCAACACCAAGGGGGCCGUGGUGGGAAGCCUGACAGCGUUCAUCUUCUCCGCGUGGAUCUCAGUUGGCAAUUACUUGUAUAGUGGAGGCGAGGCGGGCGUCCUGCCGCUGUCCACGGCGGGAUGCCCUGAGUCUCCGGCUCCUCCCUACGACACCGUCUACCUCAGCAACACCUCAGAGACAGGCACACUGCUCUAUGACACACUGGUCAUAUCAACACUCGCAGAGCCUUCACCGACAGCCAGCGUUCAUGGGUCGCCGAAGUACUCACUCUACGACAUAUCUUACUCCUACACUGGAGUGAUGGCCAUCUUCAUCACUCUUGUGAUCAGCAACGUCGUGUCAUUCUGUACAGGUCCGCUCAGCCCCAGCAGUCUGGCCGAAGGGGUAGUGAACCCUACCUGUGGGCGACUGCACAAGUGGUUGUGGAAGAUCUUUCGGGGCCCCGAGACGGCCGCCAGCGACAGCCAUGAAAGCUAG